CCCUGCAAAGUCUUGGGGGGACUGAAUUUAUUCAUGAACUUGGAUUCAUCUCAUCCCCUAAAUACUAUUCUUUAUUUUUAAUUUUUCGUAAGAACUGUAAUAGUGGUGUACGUGUGAAUGGAAUCCAAUGGUGAAAAUCUCAAAUUGGAAGUAUUAUAUCUACGUGGGGGUUGGUUGGCUUGGUAAUUCUGAUUCGUCGAGAGCCCAUCUUUUUUUUUUUUUUUUAUUAAUAUUUUUUCUUGCUUCUAUCUGAACUCGAAGGGGAUUGGUGGAAGCUGGUUUUCUCUCAUCAGAAUUCAGAAGCAAAUGUCAUAUGCAUCUUUAUCCACUCUUACAAGGCUUGUUUUCUCUUUAUCUUUCUUUCUUUCAUAUAUAUCCAUUUGUUUUUCUUAUUAUUAUAUUGCAAAAAUAAUUAUUCUACAAUUUUAUCCUGUUUCUGCUUGCUGUUCAGAUGUAACUAAGCUCAUUCACAUUGCAACUUGAAUGCUUCAACCUCAAUUUCUUCUUUUUAUUUAUUUAAUUAUUUAUAUUUAUGUUGCCCUCUUAAUUAUGGGUUUCACUUAAAUUAAUCUUGGUUUUCAGUUUGAUCAUAAUCAGCAAUUUAAACUUAAUUAACUCUCCGCUAAGGUUUUGUUCAGUUGUGUUUGAGUUUCAUUCUUGAAGUCAGAAAUUCUUGAGUUUAUACCUUGUGUAGGGUUUAUUAGAAAAGUUUAUUCAGUUCAAAAUUAGUGAGACCUAAUUGAAUGCAAAUGCACAGGAGAGACCUAAUAGAAUAUAUAGUAUGUAUGAGCAAGAGUUAGCUUUGCUUCUAAAGCACACGCAGUGUACAUAUGGAAGAUGCCAUUGGUUAUGGCAGAAUAGGAGGAGGAUGUUGUGGCUUUCUAGCAGAGAUUACUGGUAUCAACUGUUCUUCAUAUUUUGGAGUUUUCAAAGUGUUUAAAUUUUUAGCACUUGAUAUGUUCUAUUGACUCGGUGUUCGAAAUUUUUUUUUUCUUUUUGGAUAUCUCACUAAAAAUUUAUAUAUAUAUAUUUAAUUAUCAACAAGUAAAAUACUGUAUUAAAAGUUUGAGUAUUUAUAUAGUGAAACUAGCUGGUGAAUGGUGAAGGCCUUUUUUUUAUUUUAUUUUAUUUUAUUUUAUUUAUUUUAGAUUUUUUUUAAUAGAGAGAGUGCGAGAGUGAAAUUCGCUGGGUGAGUAAUAUAUUCUUUUAACCAUUAAAUCAAACCAGACUAUGCCUUUACUUCAAUUAGAUAGGCGCUAAUGGGUGAAUGGUAAACUCUGAACAAAAUUAUGAGAUUUGUAGCUUAGGUUGCUUUUAGUCCUAUCUAAAAGUAAGCAGAUAAAAGAAGUUCCAUUCCUUUCUUCUUCUGCCCUUCUAGGACUAAAAGACAUGUUUGCUUGAAUUAAAUAAAUGACAUGUAGAGAUAUGUCUUAAAAAAAAAAAUUAUUAUUUUUAAAGAGACUUCCUUUUGGGGAUUGUUUAAUUAUAAUAUUUUUUUAGAUAAAAUUCAACAUUUGCUCCUUGUAGACACAACAAUUAUCUUUGUGAAGUGUCAGUUGCAAAAUUAUAUUAUAUACAAAAUUUAGGAACUUAAUUCUUCAAACAUAACUGCUGCCUUUUAUUUUAUUUUAUUUUUUCUAUCACCUAAACAUUAGUUCUUGUUCUUUGUUUUUAUAUUUACAGCAGCAAUAAAUUCUUUUCUCUAGGCUUUAUUUCCACUGUUAUUGCUGCCUGGAACUCUGCUAAAGGGCACAUUAGCCAUGCCUGUGGCCCAAGCACCCCUCCAAUUAGAGUGAAAACUUGCAAGCAAAAAUGUUUAGCGAAAAGGAAAGAAAAAGUAUGCUAUGGAGCAUUUUUGCAUUUAACAUGAUGUGGAAUGCCUUUAUGCAAAAGGUCCAAUUAAGUUCUCUGUUCCAUAUGAACAGACUCAAAUCAUAUUUGAACAAUUUGUUUUAAACAGAAAAAAUUGGAAUUUUCUCUUUCAAUCUUUUUUUCACCUUAAAAAAGGAAAUGAAAAAGAGAAGGUUACAACAGUAAUGGAGAUUCUUCUGUCAGUAUCCAUAUAGGGCUUUUGCUGAUUUUUUUUUUUCUUUAAGCCUUACCCUGUUCCCAUGGUACUUGCAGACAAGAUACCAAAAUACCCAUCAUCCACUUCAUGCCUAAAAUACUCCCUGGCUGUAAAGAAUCGCCGGUAAAUCAAGAAAUUAUACACCAGAAAACUAUCCAAUUACCAAAAGAAACCCACUUCCCCAUCCAAGAAUCCAUCUUUUUUAUAUUCCUAGCUGGUAGCUACCUAGGAAUCACUCUUUGUCACUGUUACAUGAUGAUGAGGACCAUUCUACUUUGCCUGUUGAACUAGAUUUUUUUUUUGGGGGAAUCCAUCAGUGCAGAACACUUCCCUUCACCAUCAAAAUACAAGGGCACCAUGCACAGUAGACCAGUAGAGGUGUUUUUUUACUAGUAAACAUUCUAUACAAUCUUUCUUUUAUAGUCAUUAGAGAGAGAUGAGACUACGUUUGAUAUUUGUGGUUCAAGGUAAAAUAUGCGCGGCAGAAGCUGUAAUGUAAUUGCAAUAGAAGGAUGGGGGCAGGCCGGUAAUUGAAACAUCCUAACUGCUCAUUUAAGGCGGGUAAUAAAACGGCAACAAAUGUAGUUUGCCAAAACGGGGAAAAUUCCAAAAAUAUUCAAAAACCCUAGACUGUCCUCAACUAGUAUUUAUAACACCCAUGAGGCCCCUCCGGACCAGUACACCCGAUCAGCUUCUGCCUCUCUCUGAAUUGUGUACUUUUGUCCCUAAGAAUAUAGAAAAAUAAACCAUGAUUCUCUCAGCCACCACCUUCUAUCUAUAUUCCUAGAUUGAGAGAGAGAGAGAGAGAGAGAGAGAGAGAGAGAGAGAGAGAUGAGGGGUAGAUCAUCAUCUAAGCAAGAGACCAAAGAGGGAAUGGAAAUAGAUAAACAUAACAAGCAGAAAGAGGAACCUCAUCUCUCGGGUGCUUACAUCCGUAGCCUAGUGAAACAAUUAACCUCCUCAAGAACCAAAGAUCCCAUGAAUCCCAAAGACCGUGGCUGUGUUGAUGAUGAUGGUUUUUCUGGCCAAAAUAUGACCAAAUUUAGUGAAGGUUUAAGUGAAAACCAACAAACCCAGCAACCCCAGCAGCCUCAGCAGCACAAGAAACAGGUUAGGAGGAGACUCCAUACCAGUAGGCCUUACCAAGAAAGGCUUCUUAAUAUGGCUGAGGCCAGAAGAGAGAUUGUUGCUGCCCUAAAGUUCCAUAGGGCAUCCAUGAAACAAGCCAACGAACAACAGCAGCAGCAGCAGCAACGUCAUCAAGAGCACCACCAAUCAUCACUUGCAGUGCAGCUUUCCACCCCACCAUGUUUUGAACAAGAAGGAAAGAUAAAAUCCAGGAGGAAUCCCAGAAUAUAUCCAUCAAACAUGGGCAAUUUCUCUAAUUAUCUAGACAGCGUUUCCUGCACUUCUUUCUCUCAUGCACCACCACCUCCUCCCCCUCCUCCAUAUCCUUUUUGCUGGUCUACUCCUCCAAAUCUUCCUUUAUCUGUCACUGAUGAAAAUCUCAAUUUCCCCCUUCCAAAUCAAACCCUAGGCCUAAAUCUCAACUUUCAAGAUUUUAACGACUUAGACUCCACUCUUUAUCACAGCGGCAACAACCCAUCAUCAGUCUACUCAUCCUCAUCUCCAUCAUCAUUCUCUUCCUCAUCCCCUUCUCUUUCCAUUGCCACUGAGGAAAUUCCUUCAGCUGGAAAACCACAAGAAGGGAUGCCUCUUGCAGUGUGUGACUUAACCGAAACUAAUGGUGGAGGCGGCUUGCACCAAGUGAUGGAUGAUGAAGAGAUGGCAGAGAUCAGAUCAAUAGGAGAACAGCACCAGAUGGAAUGGAGUGAUACCAUGAAUUUGGUCACAUCAGCAUGGUGGUUCAAGUUCUUGAAAACCAUGGAUGCUGGUCCAGAAGCGAAGACAGAGGAUGAUGGUUACGAUCCAUUUGAUCAGCUGAUGGAAUUCCCUGCCUGGUUGAAUGCAAGUGACGGAUGUUUGGAGCAACAUUUUGAUGAUUACUGCUCCCAAGAUUAUUACCAUGAUCCUGCCUUGCCUUGCAUGGACAUUGGAGAAAUUGAAGGCAUGGAUGGGGAAUGGCUAGCUUGACAAGGAUUGAUUGUUUUUUGUUAAUCAAAUCUUUGGCUCUUUUUUGUUCUUUUUGAACUCCAUUAAUCUUUUUUUUUGGAGGGUAGUCUUUUAGAAGCUUUUUGGUCUAAUAAUAAGGCCUGCGAAGGAUUUUGAUGUUGGAAGACAGGCCAAUCAUGGAAAAAUAAUGUACUGAAGGAGUAUGCUUAUCUCCUUAUAAUUCAGCUUCUUAAUUAUGUGAAAAUAUUGAUUGGUCCAUGUAGUUUCUUCUAUUAUUAUUAUUUUUUUUUAAUCUCAUUCCAUUGUUUGAGAAUUCA